AUCGCCGUGUCGUCAGAGGGGAAAGGUUAAAAACAAAAUGGCGGCUGUCGGUAAGGCAUGGUGUCUGUUACGCGGGUCAUCUUGGCCAAACAAACUACAGAAAAGCAAAGGAACGUUGUCCAAAUGUAUAAGAACAUUGUGUGGCGGAGCACAGAGCAGCGGUCCCUCAGACAAUAACAGCACACCGCAGUUCACAGAUGAAGCUGUGAAGGACAUCCUGAGGAGGAUAACAGGCCUGGACCUCCAGAAAGUCUUCAGACCAAUUAAACAAGAGCUCAAGGCGCCCACAUAUAAACUCAUGACCGAUGAACAACUGGAGCAGGCAGUAGCAUUAGCCAAAGAGCAAGCUGAGAAGCUGCUGCAAAUGCCACCUGUCCUACCUGAGAGGACGCCCAUCAGUGACGUGCUGUCUGAGGACAGGGUUCUUGAAGGCAUGGACUCUGCGAAAUACGUCUUCACAGACAUUACUUACAACAUCCCACACAGGGAGAGGUUCAUUGUUGUGCGUGAACCUACCGGCACUCUUAGAAAAGCCACGUGGGAGGAAAGAGAUCGCCUCAUUCAGGUUUACUUUCCCAAGGAGGUACGCAAAAUCUCACCACCGCACAUCUUCAAGGAGGAGAACCUUAAGAUGGUGUUUUCCCAAGACCAGCAUGAACAUGUGUUGAACCUUUGUUUGGUCCAGUUUGAACCAGACUCAUCAGAAUACAUCAAGGUACACACUGCCACUUAUGAGGACUUGGAGAAACAUGACAAAUAUGAUUUGCUGCGCUCCACCAGGCAUUUCGGAGGCUUGGCCUGGUACCUGGUCAAAGCUCGCAGGAUAGACGGGCUCAUUGUGGACAUGCUGAAAAGACAACUACUCCAGGAUGCUGUGAGUCUGGUCCGCCUGUUCCACAUGGUUCACCCCGACACUGAGUCAGCGCAGGAAGCUGCCAACAAAGAGGCCACUAAUAUUGACCUGCUCACCAUCUAUGCCCAAAAGGAGUCACAGAGGUCAGGCUACAUCGAACUGGCCCUGCAGGCCUACAAACAACCAGCUGCUGAGGCCUUGGCAGCCUGAAAAACUCCCCCCUCCAAAAGAGCAUCAGACUGGAAGAGAAGGAGGACAUGAAUGUGUUCAUCACAUUUGUGAAAGAUUGUUAAGCUGUGUACUUCACAGCCAUUGUAAAAAGGAGUUUGUACAACGCCCUGCGUCUGUUUUUGGUUCAUGUGUUCCGACAUAUGGACUAAUGUGUCAGUCUGACGUUUAAAGAUGAAUGCUGUAAAUAAUAAAACUUGUGUGUGAUGUCAUUGGAUUAAACAAUCGUACUCUUAA